CACAGGAAGUUCAAACCGUCCCCCACCAUCAUCAGGGUGUAGACCUGAUUAAUAUCAAAGUUGAAGUCAUUGAUGAAGAGGAGAUGUACAUGAGGAGUGAAGAACGGUGCAAAGAGGAAGGAACUGAUAUGGAGAUCGGCGCAGGUGGGCAGAACGGCAGGAAAGCCCCCGAGCAAAGCCUUGUUUUAUCCACAUUCUGUAAAUUAGAAGGUGACAACUCUGAUCAAAGUUCUCCUGAAGAUGUCUCCAUAACCCCGACAGUACUAUCCAGCAUGGACCAAUCACCCGAUCCCUGUAGUCCUCAGGGAUCUUCUCUCGACAACUCUCGUACUGUCGCUACAAGUAUCCAUCUGGGACUUCACGACGUCGAUGGAUCCCCCGAUCACUUGAGCCCCGUACGAUCUUCCCUUGAUAGAUCCCGGAUUGUCACCUCCAAUUUUCAUUUUGGACUUCACGGCGCGCCGAGGUCACCAGAUCCCACCAACCCUGGAGAAGCUUUCCCAGAUAAACUGAACACCGUUUCACACCGGACGGUUCGAGGAGGCGAGAAAUUCUUCCCCUGUCUGGACUGCGGCAGACAUUUUAGCCAGCAAUCCAAGCUCCUCAUCCAUCGCAGGAUUCACACGGGAGAGAAGCCGUUCCCCUGUCUGGACUGUGGCAAAGGAUUCACCCACAAGUCCUACCUGGUCCAGCACCAGCGGAUCCACUCGGGGGAGAAGCCAUAUGUGUGCUCCGAGUGCGGAAAGUGUUUCACCCGCAAGGCCGACCUGGUCACGCACUUCCGGAUCCACACCGGCGAGAAGCCCUUCCCCUGCGCCGAGUGUGGCAAGUGCUUUACGCAGAAGUCGGCGUCCGUCCGGCAUCAACGGUUCCACACCGGAGAGAAGCCCUUCCCCUGCGCCGAGUGCGGGAAGUGCUUCACGCACAAACCUGCUCUGCUCAAACACCAAAAGAUUCACGUGCGGGAAAGGUGCACCAAGACCCUGCAAUGUAUGGACUGCGGCAAGUGCUUGGGGAAGAAGUAAAAUCGGGACGCCAUGUUGGUGGACAUUGACUAGCUGACCCGCAAUUUGUGAUCUCAUCUGGCCAUAAGGUCUGUAAUGAUGGCGGCAGUAAAUAAGAAGUCUAGAUGAGCCCGGACUUAGAAGCUUGGUUUCAGCUGACUCAUUUUGUAGUUUUGCCAGGAGGUGAUGAACUACGGUAACACCAGGAGAGAAUUGGGGGG